GCCAAAACGCUAACAUGGCGCCGGAGCGGUUGAGGAGCCGCGCGCUCUCUGCCUUCAAGCUGCGCGGCUUGCUGCUCCGUGGCGAAGCUAUUAAAUGCCUCACAGAAGCUCUUCAGUCUGUCAGUGAAGUAGAGCUGGAAGAUGCACUGGAAAAAAUCAUUGAUGCCAUUGAAAAGCAACCCUUGUCAUCCAACAUGAUUGAACGGUGUGCAGUGGAAGCCGCAGUCCAGGAAUGCAGUCAGUCGGUAGAUGAAACCAUAGAACAUAUUUUCAAUAUCAUAGGAGCAUUUGAUAUUCCACGCUUUGUGUACAAUUCAGAAAGGAAAAAAUUUCUCCCUCUAUUAAUGACCAACCACCCUGCACCAAAUUUAUUUGGAACAGCAAGAGAUAAAGCAGAGCUGUUUCGUGAACGUUAUACCAUUUUGCACCAGAGGACGCACAGACAUGAAUUGUUUACUCCUCCAGUGAUAGGUUCUCACCCUGAUGAAAGUGGAAGCAAAUUCCAGCUUAAAACAGUAGAAACCUUAUUGGGCAGUACAACGAAAAUUGGAGAUGUAAUUGUUCUUGGAAUGAUAACACAGUUAAAAGAGGGAAAAUUUUUUCUGGAAGAUCCAACAGGAACAGUACAACUGGAUCUUAGUAAAUCUCAGUUUCAUAGUGGUUUAUACACAGAGUCAUGCUUUGUCUUAGCAGAAGGUUGGUUUGAAGAUCAAGUGUUUCAUGUCAAUGCCUUUGGAUUUCCACCCACUGAACCCUCUACUACUACUAGGGCAUACUAUGGAAAUAUUAAUUUUUUUGGAGGGCCUUCUAAUACAUCUGUGAAGACUUCUGCAAAACUAAAACAGCUAGAAGAUGAGAAUAAAGAUGCCAUGUUUGUGUUUAUAUCUGAUGUUUGGUUAGACCAAGCAGAGGUAUUGGACAAACUGCACACCAUGUUCUCUGGUUAUUCACCAGCACCUCCAACCUGCUUUAUUCUAUGUGGCAAUUUUUCAUCUGCACCAUAUGGAAAAAAUCAAGUUCAAGCUUUGAAAGAUUCCCUAAAAGCUUUGGGAGACAUAAUAUGUGAAUAUCCCAGUAUUCACCAAAGUAGUCGUUUUGUGUUUGUACCUGGUCCAGAGGAUCCUGGAUUUGGUUCCAUCUUACCAAGGCCUCCACUUGCUGAAAGCAUUACUAGUGAAUUCAAAAAAAGAGUACCAUUUUCGGUUUUUACUACUAAUCCUUGCAGAAUUCAGUAUUGUACACAAGAAAUUAUUGUCUUUCGUGAAGACUUAGUGAAUAAAAUGUGCAGAAACUGUGUCCGUUUUCCUAGUAGUAAUUUGGAUAUUCCUAAUCAUUUUGUAAAGACUAUCUUAUCCCAAGGACACCUGACUCCUCUACCCCUCUAUGUCUGCCCAGUGUACUGGGCUUAUGAUUUUGCUUUGAGGGUGUACCCUGUGCCUGAUCUACUUGUCAUCGCAGACAAAUACGAUCCUUUCACUUUGACCAAUACCGAAUGUCUCUGCAUAAACCCUGGUUCUUUUCCAAGAAGUGGAUUUUCAUUCAAAGUUUUUUAUCCUUCCAAUAAGACAGUAGAAGAUAGCAAACUUCAAGGUUUUUGA